GAUUUUAUAGUACUGUACACAGGAGAGCUGUUACCCUUGCCUUUAUAGUUAUGACAGGAACAUAGAGGGUGGAAUGGAUAUGCCAGCCCAGAGGAUAAACAGCACGCAACAAGCUGCCCUGUCAGAUGGUGCUGUGCAGGCUGCCUCCACCUAGCAGUACCCCAGAUCAUGUGAUGCUGAAGGCAGUAAAGGGCCUAACUGGGCUAGUCCAAGAACUGACUGUCCUCCAGAGAUAGAGCCAUGAGAGAAUGGGACAACUGGAGGAACAAAUACUGCAGCAGGGUGCAGUAGCGAGGACGACACCCCAAAACUCUAGAUGGGGAAAUGGUCAAGGUUCCCCUGAUGUUAGUGUUCAUGGCACCAGAGACCGUUUCAUAUGGCACCGCUGUGGACAAGAAGGCCACAUAGCCCAGGGCUGCCAUCAACCCCCUCAGCCUCACCUCAUGGGGCCAGGGCAAGGCGAGGCUCCCUCUUCUUUAAACUGCUAAAGCCUGACAAUGAGGGGCAGGUGAAGGGCAUAGAGCUGGUGAGAAGUCCACCAGUAGCAUUAGUGUUCACAGCUUCCCAGCGUACUCUACCGGUUGCAACCGGCAUGCCUGCCUGGUGGGGCCCUUGAACAAGGAAAUUGUGGAAGUGAAUGGUAUCCUGUGCAAGGCUCUAAUUAAUUCAGGGUCUCAGGUCACAACCAUCACAGAGGAUUUCUGGAGAAACCACCCUACCCUGGGCAAGUUGCAUCCCAUGCCUGUAGAUACCCUAAUAGAGGGAGCCGGUCAUCAAGGAGUCUCCUAUCAAGGAGCAAUCAAAUUAGAUGUAUCUUUUCUUGGCCGAUCCUACAAGGGGGUCUCUGCCCUUGUGGUGCCUGGGACAAAGUACCGCCAGGGAGUCCCUAUGUUGUUAGGGACAAAUGUCAUCUGUUCCAGUUGGCAGGAUUUAGCUAACCAGUGGGGGAACCAAUUCCCGGCCUGCCUAAAAGGGAAGUCACCAGUCUGGUAUGCAGCCUCUUAGCAAAUGAUCUCUGGCCAAGAGAGGCCAUCCUUGAGAUACACUGGCAAGCGGCCCAUCUUGUUAAGAGCUGGAGAAGGAAGAAGUAUACCUGUGAAGGCCCCCUGGGGUACAGGAUGUUAUAUUUAUAAGAAGCACACGGAAUCUUUUAAAAAGGGGAUAAGGCAAUAUGCUGCGUUUAUUGAGAGUACAAUUUAAGCAUUGAAAUCAGCAUGUUUUCAUUCACACAUAUACACACACACAUCCCAAAAGGUUCUGCUGCUGGAUCUUAUAGUUACGAGUCUUUAGUGUUGCUCAGUCAGUUCCAGUAAGCAGCUGAAACUGCACACGAGGGAGGGGAGCUGGGGUUCUGUCAAACGCAUUCGAAGCUCCAAUGUUGCUGCAGAAUGAACCCCAAGUUCCAAGGCAAUACACCCUUCUUUUAUAGUGAUAAGUGCCCAUACAAGUCUAUGGAAGUAGUAUAAGGGCCCUACCGUCAAUCAAACCCUAGCCCCACCCAUUGAUCCAUUAAGCCCCGUGCCUUGACCCCUUGGUUCCUCCCACCUGUCACAGGAAGUCCCGCCCCAUGGGGGUAUUACUUCCAGGGUCAAGGUGCCACCAGGCCGGAAGCAAGGUGUGUCAUGUGACCCCCUCUAAGAACUCCUCCCACCACCCUCUACCAAUCAGGAGGGGUUUUGUCCUGAUAGGACCGCCCUGAGAGGAGAUGUUGACCAAUCAGGGUGACUUCUGGGGCAGGGGUGACCGGUCUGGACGUGGGUCAUGUGACCCCUCUAAGAACUCCCCCCACUAUCCUCUACCAAUCAGGAGGGGUUUCAUCCCAAAAGGACCACCCCGAAAGGAGAUUUUGACCAAUCAUGUUGACUUCUGGGGUGGGGGUGACCCGUCCAGAAGUGGGUCAUGUGACCCCCCUAUGAACUCCCCCCACCACCCUCUACCAAUCAGGAGGGAUUUCGUCCCGACAGGACCUCCCCGAGAGGAGAUUUUGACAAAUCAGGGUGACUUCUGGGUUGGGGUGACCCCUCCGGAAGUGAGUCGUGUGACCCCACUAAGAACUCCUCCCAAGGCCCUCUGCCAAUCAGAGUGCAGCACCAUUACCCCCUAAGUCCUAGCGCCAGACAGAGAAGGCGGCCAUCUCUUACCAAGGAUACGUGUUUUCGAAAUCGCGGAAAGGCUGCUGAGAGGAAACAUGGACUCCUUCACCACCCCCGUGAGAACUUUGGACUUUGUUUUAGCCCCGAGCACCUUUGAACUUGUGUGGAGAAAGUGCUACAUCAGCGACAGUUCCGAGAAGGAGGAGGGAGCAACCGAGUUGAGCCCUUUGGCCCAGCCGUUGAUGGAUACGCCGGAACCUGACCCUGAAACCCUUGUGAGACACCCCUAUGAGCGUGACGGCCUCUCUUUGUCCACCCCCUCAGAGGUGGAAGGCGAUUGCAGCUCGGGGGAGUCACCAGCGGACAAGGCAAACGGAAAAGAUAGCACUCAGCUCGAUGAUGCCUUUCUAGAGGACCCAGAGGCCCUCGACAGCGUUGCAUCAAGCCGCGAAGAUGAACCGAGCCCACCAUGUUUUUGCUCAACGCCGAUACAAAUUGUUGAAGAGGACUCUGAGGAUGAUGGCUAUGAGGAGUUUAGGAGGCAGCUUGGCAUAGAAAUCGUGGAAAGGCUGCUGAGAGGAAACAUGGACUCCUUUAUCAUCCCCGUGAGAACUUCGGACUGGCUUGGCAUAGAAAUCAUGGAAAGGCUGCUGAGAGGAAACAUGGACUCCUUCACCACUCCCGUGAGAACUUCGGUCUUCGUUUUAGCCCCAAGGGUCUUUGACCAUCCGCGGAUAAAAUGCUACAUCAGCGACAGUUCCGAGGAGGAGGAGGGAGCAACCGAGGGGAGCCUUUUGGCCCAGCCGUUGAUGGAUACGCCGGAACCCGACCCUGAAACCCUCGUGAGACAUCCCGAUGAGCGUGACGGCCUCUCUUUGUCCACCCCCCUCAGAGGUGGAAGGUGAUUGCGGCUCGGGGGAGUCACCGGUGGACAAGGCAAACGGAAAAGAUGGCACUCAGCUCGACGAUGCCUUUCUAGAGGACCCGGAGGCCCUCGACAGCGUUGCAUCAAGCCACAAAGAUGAACCGGGCCCACCGUGUUUUUGCUCAACGCCAAUACAAAUUGUUGAAGAGGACUCUGAGGAUGAUGGCUAUGAGGAGUUUAGGAGGCGGCUUGGCAUAGAACUAACUGAGCCAGUGCCACGUCGUGAGCGUAAAAAAGUCAUGCGGACUAUUGUACGCGUUGCUGUUUAUGCUGUCCUUAAACACUGCCUUAGGGAAAAGCUUUUUGAAGAUUGUGAGGGCUGUGUCAUAGAUGCGCCAGGCCAAUGGCACCAUGACUGUGUGACUUGGACUUCAGUGGAUAUAAACUGCAAGCUCCAGGGUCUGUGUGCUGAGCUGUGUUUGGAAAGCUUAUUAAAUACUGUUAUUGCCAUAGGUUAUGCUAUGCAAUGUCUGUGCCUAACCCAAGAACAUUUAGCACAAGGGGUGACCUUGAUAAAUGCUGUGCAAUUCAGUGGAGACCCUGACCAUGUUUUAAAGAAUAUGACCAAACCAGAAGAUGCCUGCUUACAGCAUUAUAUUGACUGUCUAGUCCGCACAAAAAGUUACAGAACCCUGCUUAAGAAAAAGACUAUUUGUAAGAAAUCUAAAAGGAUUAAGUUAGAGAAUGGUGAGGGGACAAACAUGCGAUAUAAAACUUGGUAGCUGUAAAUUAAAAAAAAAAGGGGGGGGGCAGAGGAUUUCUGACUAUCUGUGUUUUGUUAGAAGGUCUUUGGCCCUUAAGUGAGCUAAAAAAGUUUUAAUGAAGCAUCUUGGUUUGUUUUCAAGGAGCUGUAUGUCUUUUAAAUAAAAAUAAAUAAAUUGUGAGAAUUAGCUCUUGUGUUUCUGUGUGUGUGUGUGUGUGUAAAACAGACCCAUUUAUAGCAAAAAGCUGAAAUGUAUGUUUUGGUAGGGGGGGGGAAAUCCUAAAAGUGUGCUUACAAUAAAACAAACAGGGCUAGUUCAGACACGUG